AUGGAAGGUCAGGAAGCUUAUAAAAAAUCUCGAUGCUGCCAGAGGGAAGAUUACACGAGGCUGAUCGGGUCCUACUUCAACAGUGCUGGAACAUCUAUGAUUAGUCUUAUCAUUCCUCCAAAGGAUCAAAUUUCACGAGUUUCAGCAAUGUUGACGCAAGAAUAUGGUACAGCGUCCAACAUCAAAUCUCGUGUGAACAGGCUGUCUGUGUUGGCGGCAAUUACGAGUACACAACAGCGUCUUAAACUCUAUAAUCGCGUUCCACCAAAUGGGCUAGUCCUUUUUGUGGGAACUAUUCUCACUGAUGAAGGAAAGGAGAAAAAAGUCAGUUUUGACUUUGAGCCGCACAAACCAAUCAACAC